CAUUGCGGAGUCGUUCAGGACGGUCCAUCAUCAAUGGAAACUGGGCAAUUGAUCGACCUGGGAGGUACGAAGGUGGUGGGACAAUGUUCACUUACAAACGCCCCAACGAAAUCUCCAGCACUGCGGGAGAGUCGUUUUUAGCUGAUGGUCCAACAAACGAAGUCCUUGAUGUCUAUAUGAUACAUCAGCAGCCUAACCCGGGAAUACAUUAUGAGUAUAUCAUACCAGGAGACAAUGUCAUUAGUCCUCAGUUGCUUGCUCACAGGAAGCCAGGGGAGCCUUUGAAUGGUCAGUUAGGAAUGCCAGAAAGUACAGAUCAAGAGGAUGCAGAUUUGCACAGGGAAACAGACAUUCUCACUGGACAGUCAGCUGGAACUUUUCCAGUUAUUCAGCCGGGAAGAUUUUCUUCUCAUCAGCCAGAAAACCAGGUGCCUGCUGUUCAGCCAGCAAGACAAAGCCGAGAAUACAACUGGAAACAGAUUGGAAAAACUGAGUGCACUACUACAUGUGGGAAAGGGUCACAGUACCCAGUUUUUCACUGCGUCAACAGAAUCACUCAUGAGGAGGUACCUGAGAGUUACUGUGACAGCAGCACCAGACCCAUUCCAGAAGAGGAGGCCUGCAACCUCUUCCCAUGUCCAGCUUUCUGGGAUAUAGGGGAGUGGUCUGAGUGCAGCAAAACGUGUGGCCUUGGUAUGCAGCAUCGACAGAUCUUAUGCCGGCAGAUGUACGCCAAUCGGACCUUGACAGUUCAGCAGUACCGCUGCCAUCACCUGGAGAAACCAGAGACAACCAGCACUUGCCAGCUGAAGAUCUGCAGCGAGUGGCAGAUCAGGACAGAGUGGACUUCAUGUUCAGUGCCUUGUGGAGUGGGGCAGAGGACCCGAGAUGUGAAAUGUGUCAGCAACCUUGGGGACAUCGUUGAUGAUGAGGAGUGUAACAUGAAGCUGCGACCAAAUGAUAUUGAGAACUGUGACAUGGGUCCUUGUGCUAAGAGCUGGUUCCUUACAGAGUGGAGUGACAGGUGUUCUGCAGAGUGCGGUGAGGGAGUCCGUACGCGCUCAGUGGUGUGCAUGACGAACCAUGUCAGCAGUUUGCCUCUGGAAGGCUGUGGCAAUAACAGACCCUCUGAAACAACUCCCUGUAAUAAUGGUCUCUGUGCUGGUAAAGUGGAGUGGUUUGCUGGGGGCUGGACACAGUGCUCUACUGAAUGUGGCAGUGGAACUCAACAAAGAGAAGUAAUUUGUGUUAGGAAAACUGAAGAUAAUUUUGAUGUUUUGAACCCCUAUGAAUGUUCAUAUUUGGAAAAACCUCCCAGCCAGCAAUCCUGCUACCUCAAACCCUGUGGAUCUAAGUGGUUUCAUACAGAAUGGAGCACAUGUUCCAAAUCCUGUGAAGGAGGAUUUCGAGUUCGAGAGGUACGAUGUCUAUCGGACAACAUGACAGCCAGUACUCAGUGUGAUCCACAGCUUAAACCUGAAGAAAAAGAACCCUGUAACACACAAGAUUGUGUCCCUGAAAUAGAUGAGAACUGCAAAGAUAAAUACUACAAUUGCAAUGUGGUGGUUCAGGCCCGGCUCUGUGUCUACACAUACUACAAAACAGCAUGUUGUGCAUCCUGUACGCGGGUGGCAAACAGACAAUCAGGGUUUCUAGGACGUAGAUAACAAAUACUAUUCUACUCAAAGCAGCAACAUUGGUCUUCAGAUGGAGCUUGAACAGUGUUAACUGUUUUGACGGCAGAAGAUUUUAGUUUCUUAGAGAUGGUUUUUUAUAUUGCUGAGUACAUCAAG